UACCUCUAAUGCAGCAUCAUCCAGUGGUGCGAAGUCAUGAAAGUGUUUGUAAACAUCUCAGUCAGAAGGUGCAGCAAACUGGAGUCGGAUCGAUUCCCACACCCAUCUCUGAGUGUCAACACAUCCUCCAGCGUGUCCCAGGUCUUGGGAUGUGAAGGAUGUUUGAGCUCACCUUUUUCCAGGACCUUCAAAUCGACAGGAUGACAGGACUGUAAAAUCAGUGAUUCCUUCAUAGCUUGUAUAACAAUAACAAAGUCACAAAGCCCCCAUUUCAUUCCCCCCGCAUUAUUCCACUACCAAGUUAAGAUGCCUUGGCCAUUUUCAGAGUCAAUCAAAAAGCGAGCCUGCAGGUACCUCCUGCAUCGGUACCUGGGCAAUUUUCUGCAGGAGAAACUGAGCUUGGAUCAGCUCAGCCUUGAUCUCUACCAAGGCACUGGGUCACUUGCACAAGUACCACUCGAUAAAUGGUCUCUUAAUGAGCUCCUGGAGACAGCGGAUGCCCCUUUUGAGGUAAUCGCAGGGUUCAUCCAAACAAUAUCCUUGACCGUUCCAUGGGCUGCGCUACUACAGGAAAACUGUGCCCUGGAGGUGAAGGGUUUGGAGAUGGUGCUCAGACCAAGGCCUAGAGUUGCAUCUGGCACCGAGCCCAUGUACUGGUCCAGUUUUAUGACAAGCAGCAUGCAGCUCGCUAAGGAAUGCCUGAGCCAAAAGCUCACAGAUGAUAUGGGAGAAAGCUUUCAGCCUUUCGAAGGAUUAGAGAAGUUUGCAGAGACAAUAGAAACAGUUCUGCGACGAGUCAAAGUGACAUUUUUGGAUACGGUUUUGCGAGUUGAACACAUUCCAGAAAAUUCUAAAACUGGAAUUGCAAUUGAAAUUAGAAUUGGAAAAAUUGUGUACUGCGAUGAAACGGGGGAAGAGACCCCAAGUGUGAAUGUGCAUCAGCCAACCACUUUCGCACAUAAAAACAUGCAGAUGGAAGGAAUCACUGUUUUCUGGGAUGAGUUCUCUGUCAUGUCUCGCGAUGGCAGAUCCUCACCCACCCCUUCGGAAACCGAGCCAAAACUCUCCCCCAGCUGGAAUCCUAAAAUUAUAUGUGAGCCCCAUCCACAGUUUACAGAGCCGCUGUCCUCCACAGCUCCCUUUGAGACGGUGCAAGUUGGAAGCCUUAGUGGUAAAAUUGAGCUGUCCCUCACUCUGAAAAACAACCUUGCUCUGCCUGGUGCAAAGCUGGAUGUUGUUGGACACAUUGAUUCGUUACUUAUUCUGCUGUCCCCACGACAAGUCCACCUACUCUUAGAUUUAUUUGGAGCUUUUUCUGGUGGAGGGGCACGAGAAUGGAACAAGGACAGAAAAAACCGUCCCAUGCAACAAGAAGACGAGUAUCGUCUCCAUUUGGAACUGAACCGGUGUCUAAAGAGAGACAACUGCAUUCCAGGCGCAGACCCAGAACUCUUUGACAGCCAGACAACCAGAACGGUGUCAAGUCGAGAUGAUGUGUUCUUCUCCAUGGCUGACAUGGACAUGUCGCACAGCUUAUCAUCCCUUCCUCCUCUUGGAGAACCGCCCACUGUCGACUUGGACUUGUCUCUAAACAGCAACUACUCUGCCUCACCUGGAGAGUCUCCAUCUGGAAAUGCAACAGCUCUGUGGGAGGACUAUAUGGACGUACCGCGACAAACAGAGAAGCGGACUAAUGAAUCCUCAGCCCAGUCGCGGGACUCGCAGCUCCCUCAGAAACUGCUGAGACAAACCUCCCAUUCUACCAAAACACACGGGGAUGAGUCGAGGCCAGAGUUGGUGCUGAAGCUGUCGCUAAGGGGCUUUGCUGUCUCUGUCCUCCACAUUGACCCCCUGCCACCGCCACACGCAGCCCCCGGUCCUGUUGGACCUGUUGCCGGACAGUUCUUCAGCACACAGGGUCCAGGCCAGCUUUCUCCAGAUGCUUUCCUUCAGUCUCGCUCAAUGUUUGAUCAGGCGUGCCCCCAUGAUCAUUUGAGGUUUGUCGGUCAGGGUUUGAAGAUAAACUAUGAGCACUGUCAGGGAUCAAACAUUCGGACUUUCAGGACUGACAUCUCUCUAAACCAGAUGGAGUUCGUAGAGUGUCUGUUCCCUUCUGAAGCUGCUGUUGGCGGCAGCCAAAGGGGAAUCCAGUACACCGAGCUCCUUACAUUUGAGACCCCAGCCAGUGAGGAUUCAUCUGUCUCCACCUGCCUUCACCUGCUCUACAAGCUAGCAGAACGCAGAGGUCCUCAGGCAGGUCAAGUGCGUCUCAGCACAAUACCGAGGAAAGCCGAGAUCCGGGUGGAGCUGGGCCCUGUUCGCUCCGAACUGGACAUCAGCAUCGUGGACCGUCUCAACUCUCUGCUGCAGCCUCAAAAAUUAGCUUCCACUGAGAUGAUGGCCUCCCACUUAUAUACAUCUUACAACAAACACCUCAGUUUGCACAAAGCCUUUGCAGAGGUUUUCCUAGAUGACACCCACACACCCUCCAACUGUCACACAUCAGUGACAGUCAGUGCUCCGGUGCUCGGCCUCACUGUGCUCUUCCCGAUCCCCGACCUGCGUUCAGAUCAGGAGAGAGGGCCCUGGUUCAAGAAGUCCCUGCAGAAAGAAGUGCUUUUUCUUGAGUUGGAGGAACUGGAAAUGAAAACCGAGUUUGUUGGUGGAAACUCACCCAACCAAACCAAAAUGGAGCUCACCUUCAAGGAGCUCACUGGAAAGUUCAAGGAGGAGCCAGAUCAACCCGCUGCUCGUUUCAUCAGAGUGUCCCACAACAUGGAAGGAGAUAUGAUGACAUCAGAGAGUGUGAAAUUUGAUUGGCCGAGGGUUGUCCUAAAGAUAAAUCCCACCACGGUCCACUCGAUCCUGGAGCGUGCUACUGCUGAAGAUGACGAGGGGGCCGAAGACCAUUCACUUGAGGAAGAGGAGGAGGAGGGGGCCGCUCAUUCAUUGAAGGAUGUGUGUGACUUUGGUAAACCAGAGCCGUCACCUUUUUCUUCUCGGAGGGUUAUGUAUGAAAACGAGGAGAUGAUCAUUCCUGGCGAUGUUGGUGAGAUGACAGAGUUCCAGGAAAAAACCAUGAACAACUCUCGAUUCUUCCUGGAGCUGUGUUUCCCUAAUGUGCAACUGGCGCUGCCCGGCAAGGCUUUCUAUGAAAAACUACACAACAGGAUAAGCAAUGACCUUCUGCUGUGGGAGCCCACGGCCCCGUCCCCUGUGGAGACCGUAGACAACAUGCCUUAUGGAGUCGGACUCUCAGUUGCCAGUCAGUUGAUUAACACUUACUCCAAAGACAGCUUUAGCCAGUUUCGCUCUACUGGGCCUGAAGAUGAGACCAGUGGCUCAGAGGAGGAGAACUUGCAUUACUACUGUCCUACCUCAGAUAUAGGCUACAGAUCACGAAAGAAGAAAAAGCCUAAACCCCAGAGCAAGACCUCACAGAGCCUCUUCUCUGUCAUCCUUAAUGUCAAUCAUGGCUUAGUGGCUCUUCAGACAAACGCUAAGAAGGAGGAUAAAUCUUUACUAAAAAACAAACACGGCGAGUUCUGGAUGGAGGUGAAAAAUGCCGUUUUGUUCAGCGUCAGUCAAUACGAAGGCUUCAAGGACCAACACUACGUCUGCUUUCAUACCAGCAGCAUCUGUAUGUACCACCAAGGACUAUUAGAUGGAGGCACAAAUGUCUUAGACAUCAAGCUGCCAUGCAGGACACAUCCCCACUGGCUGGAGCCGAUCAUCUACCAAUCAGAGACCUCUUCAGAAAGGUCUUCCACUCCCUCGGAGGGUAUUGGUCUGGAAGCUCGCAGCAUGGUGUCUGUCGCUGUCAAAAUCUCAUCACAGAGCUCAGAGCGUAACAUCAAGGAGUUCCUGGUUGCUGUUGGAGUGAGAGGAGCCACACUGCAGCACAGGGUGGUCCCACCCAAUCUGGGCUGGUAUGAUCAGAUCGUUGACUUUCUGAAUGUUUCUGCUGAGCCUGUAUUGGGUUACGCCCCUCCCCUCUCUGUCACCACUCUGCAUUUACAUCUUUGGAGCUGCUCAUUAGACUACAGACCUCUCUACCUGCCGCUCAGAUCUUUGGUGUUUGUAGAAACAUUUAGCAUCUCCAGCAGCGUCUCCUUAGACAAUUCAUCCUCAACCUUAAGGAUAAUUUUGGACGAAGCUGCUCUUUUCCUUUCUGACAAGAAUAAUGCUGUUUCUGUUAAUCUAGCACGUGACUACGUCAAGGUUGUAGACAUGGGCACUCUGGAGUUGAGGAUUACGGCUGUCAAACCGGGACCAGAUGGGAAACUGUCUGAGCCCAGAUUUGAGCUGCGCUGCUCCAGUGACGUGAUUCACAUUAGAACGUGUUCCGACUCCUGCGCUGCGCUGAUGAACCUCAUCCAGUAUGUGGCCAGCUAUGGAGACCUAAUGCCCCCAGAGGAACCAGAAACCAAGCGCAGCAGCACCACACAGAAAAACAAGGCAGAGGUUCCCAGCAGGCCGACAUCUCAAAUCUCGCUGCUAGCUGAGAACGAGCAGCAGAUGCUGCAGGACCUGAUGAGUGAAGCUAUGGAGGAGUCUGACGGGCAACAGGCGCCUUGCCCACAACAAAACGGAUCCCAUGAGGAGCAGAUGCAGGACCAUGACCCGCCUCGCUCAGACCUCUUCCUCUUCCCUGAUGAGAGUGGGAAUUUAAGCCAAGAUGCAAGCCCCACCUACCCAGUCCUUGCCUCUCCCCUCAUCACGCCUGCCCCCAACCUUGCCCAAGAGACGGAUGACUUUUGCAUCAUCGAUACUCCUGAUUCCAGAGGAGAGGAUCAGGACCAGGAACCUAGGGUAAAGCUGCUUACCUCAGAUCCAGUGGAAAUCAAAAACAAUCACUUCAGUGAGCCUUUGGAAGGAAAUGAUUCCAGUCGGGGAGCCAUGAAUUUUCCCAUCCCAGAGGUCCGCUAUCUCAUCAGGGAGAUAUCCGUUAUCUGGCAUCUUUAUGGAGGAAAAGACUUUGGGAGUGCAGCAUUCAUUGCCUCUCCUGCUAGAAGCCGGGGAUCUACUCCUCAUGGCUCUCCAUCUCAAACACCAGUUAGACAAGUGAAGAGUUUGGGGCGGAUCGGAGGUGGAAGAGGAAGGAACCCUGAUGUCCUGAUGGAAAUCCAACUCAGCAAGGUGAGAUUUCAGCAUGAGAUAUACCCGCAGCCCCCCCCAGCAUCCCGUCCAGCGGUGGACGAGCCGUUGUCCCGGCAGGUGUUUGUUGUGCAGGACUUGGAGAUUAGGGACAGACUUGCUACCUCACAGAUGAACAAGUUCCUGUACUUGUACUCCAGCAAAGAAAUGCCCCGAAAAGCCCAUUCAAACAUGUUGACAGUUAAGGCAUUGCAUACGUGUCCCGAGUCGGGCCAGGCUCCUCCGGAGUGUUCCCUACGUGUUUCCCUAAUGCCUCUGCGCCUCAAUAUCGAUCAGGAUGCACUAUUCUUCAUGAAGGACUUCUUUAGUAGUCUUGCCAAUGAAGUUGAGUUUUUCUCCCCACCUGCUCAAGAAACUGUUUCUGCUCCGACAAAGAAAGCAGCUGCCCCAGAGAUCUCCUGCAGCUUCUCCAAACAGACUGCUGGGAGCCAGGAUCCAGCCCCGAUCAUUUUAGUCCCUGCUCAGAGGCAGAUCACCAUCAGUAGCUUCUCCACAUCCGGCAGGGAGGAAGUGAAUGACAGCGAACCUUCUCCUUCUUCUUUUUCGGAUCAGCCGAUCUUCUUUAGGGAGUUUCGAUUCACCUGUGAGGUUCCAAUUCGUCUGGAUUACCAUGGGAAACAUGUAUCAAUGGAUCAGGGAACAUUUGCAGGAAUCGUCUUUGGGCUGACGCAGCUGAAUUGUUCAGAGCUGAAACUAAGGCAGCUGUGUUACAGACAAGGAUUACUUGGAGUGGAUAAGCUGUUUUCUUAUGCAAUAAAUGAGUGGCUAAAUGACAUCAAGACCAAUCAGCUUCAAGGGAUACUAAGUGGUGUGGCGCCUAUUCACACUCUUGUGAAACUGGUUCACGGCCUCAGGGACCUGGUAUGGCUGCCCAUUGAGCAGUACAGAAAGGAUGGUCGGAUAGUCCGGGGAUUUCAGCGUGGCACUGCCUCCUUUGGGACCUCCACUGCCAUGGCUGCUUUGGAGCUCACUAACAGGAUGGUGCGGACCAUUCAGGCAGCGGCUGAGACGGCCUAUGACAUGGUGUCCCCAGUAGCAGACGAGAGAGACAUGAAGAGGGUGAAACGGCACUCCCAUUAUGGCCUGGCUCAUCAGCCUGUUGACCUGAGAGAAGGUGUAGCCAAUGCUUAUACUGUGGUGAAAGAGGGCAUCACAGAUACUGCUCUGACCCUUUACGACACUGCGACACGGGAGCACGAGCAGCGUGGGAUGACGGGAGCGGUCGGCGGUGUCCUUCGCCAGCUGCCACCAGCCGUAGUCAAGCCGCUCAUCAUGGCCACCGAAGCCACGUCUAACGUCUUGGGUGGAAUGAGGAACCAGAUUCAUCCGGACGCGCGUCAGGAGGAGUCGCAGAAAUGGAGGCACGAGGAGGAGUGAUUCUUAACGCUUUGAAAGCAUAACCGUGCAGAAGCUGCAGGCAGGACCUUGUUUUGUUUUUGAAGAGAGGCUGACAGUGACUUCUGGUGUAAAUAAAAGAGUCUCAUCCUGUGGCAGUGUGUCCUAAUGCUGUCCAGCUGACGGUUCCCUCACAGUGCCUUCAUGGUCAUCAGCAGCGUCAACUGUUUUGCUUAAUAAAUGUAUAUAUCUAUUAUAAUGUGGAGGCCACAUAUCAUUCUGAUCUGAUUUAAGGUUAAAAGCAGAAUCGGGACAGACAGGUCAUCUCAUUAGCUUCCUUUUCAAGCAUCUCUGUUUACAGAUAGUGUUCUUAUCCUAAUCGGUGUCAAUAAACACUAGAGUAAGAUGUUUAAUUUAAUAAAUGUACUAUAUAUUGCCCUUGUUAAUUACUGUAAAUAUUCCGCAUUUGUAACCUCUCAUGCAAAUAGAAGAAAACAAGAACAGGAACUGAACGUGUCAAAGGUGUGUAAAGUUAUUUAAUAAAGCACUUUUGAAUGACUUGAAGGGUUACAUGUCCAAAUAAACGAAGAAGGGGAAGGUAACCUAAUGUGUUGUACAGCUGCACAGAUUUACUUUCAUCUUCAAUGUGGGCUAUUUUCACAAAAGCUGCUAUUCAGAAAGUCACUUUUAAAUAUUUGGUUUGUGUUUUUUUUAGUUUUUUUUUUUAGUUGCAGCUUUUAAAACAUUACAUCUACAUAUCUAGUGUCUUAUGUCAGCUGUUUUUAUUUAAGGUAAUGAGUAUGGAUGUUUGUUGUGAUCGUUUGUGCUCCAUGAUUUGGAUUUGCAUAUUUUCAAUGUUUAUGUGGAAAGAAUGUUUUUUUUUUUUUUUUUUUGGGCAUAUGUGUAAUGUUUAUUAAUUGUAUUAAAUAGGUGAA